AUGGCGACUCAAGCCGGCGAGCCCUUAUCCCAGACCGUCCAGAGUCUUAUGGACAUGGAAGAGAAGUACGGCGCGGGAACUUUUGGCGCUACGCCCGGGUUCAUUGUCAGUGGGAAGGGUUCGACCCUUAUUGAUGUGGACGGCAAAGAAAUCAUCGACUUCAUCUGCAUGCUGAGUGCUACCAAUCUGGGGCACUGCCACCCUAAGAUGGUCAAGGCCAUGACGAAGUCGAUCAACAAAAUCACACUCACCAACUUCGCUACCCACAGCGCCGAUUGGCCACUUGUCGCAAAGACCCUUUGCGAGAGGUUUGGCUACGACAAGUGUGCUACGAUGGUGUCCGGCGCUGAAUCAGCCGACGCUGCCUGCAAAUUCGCUAGCAAAUGGGGCAUCAAGAAAAAGGGCAUCGCUCCCGAGGAUGUUCUCGUCCUCGGAACUUCCAACAACUACCACGGUGUGACCGCCGGUAUUUGGCCCAUUAUGGAACCAUACUCUCAGCGAGACUACGGUGUAAUCAAUAGGAAUAUCACCAAUAUCAGUCCCCAUACUGGGCAGCCUCUUCGCUACGGCAGUGUGCAGGAUUACGAAGAUGCCUUCAAGCAAUUCGGCCACCGUGUGGCCGGUGUCAUUAUGGAGUGUAUCCAUGGUCGUCUUCCCACAUUCGAGGAAGAGAUUCAAUUCGCCAUCGGCGUUCGUCAGCUAUGCAGGAAGUAUAACAUCCUCUUCAUUGCUGACGAAGUCCGAAUGGGCGCAGGUAAAACCGGAAAGUUCCUCUGCAGCGACUGGUUGGGCCCGGAGAAUAAGCCGGACAUGGUGAACAUGGCCAAAUCCAUCACCGGUGGUUCGUAUCCGGCCUCCUACAUCCUCGGGAAUGACGACGUUAUGGGCCCAGAUAUGAUCAAGCCCUACGAGACCGGCAGCACUUUCUGCAUGGCGCCCGCAGCGAACAUUGCAACCCUGACGGCGCUACAAAUUUAUGACGAAGAGAACUUGCUGCAGCGAGCCACUGACAUUGGCAACAAGUUUGCAGAGAUAACGAAGUCAUGGAAACAUAGCUUCAUCAAGUACGUCACCAACCGGGGCGCUGAUGCGUCGAUCUACAUUAAGCCAGGCAAUGUUGUCACUCCCCGCCGUAUCGCCAGGCUUGCCUUCCAGCGGGGCGUUUUCAUUUACCCUCAUGGCGAGCGCCUGCGCAUUGGCUUCGCCUUGAACAUUACGGAUCAGGAAUUUGACAAGGGCAUGGAGAUCCUCAAGAGCGUCCUUGAUGAUAUUGAGUCCUACGGAGAGAUCCCUGGGUCGACCCACGAGGCGGAGACGCCAAAGCAGUAG